CCCUCGCAGCACCGGGGGGGGGGGGCGGCAGAACGAGACAAGAAACUCCCAACAGACACCGCCGGGGCGAGAGCGCGGAGCCCGAACCUGCGAACGGCGAAUUUCCGCGGCUCGGUGACACACCGUCCCCGAGCUCCGCAGACACACACGCACACAGCCGGCGGGGCGGGAGCGUGCACGGGAGCGGGAGCGUGCACGGGAGCGGGAGCGUGCACACCAGCGCGCCCCCGCCCCGCCGCCGCGGCCGCUUUAAGGGCGGCGGGGGCGCGCCGCCGGGGCGCCCGGCGCGCCGCCGCCUCUCCUCUCCUCUCGUCUCCUCUCCUCGCCGCCGCGCCGCGCUCUCUCUCCCUCCCUCCCUCUCUCUCCCUCGCCCCGCUUUAAAGUCUCCGCCAGGAUCCGGGCUCGCCCGCCACUUCCUGUACGGCAGGAUGGAGCGCGCCGGGGCCCCGGCUGACCGCCGCCCGCCCGCCCGUGCGCGGAGGCGGCUGUGAGCGCCCCGUCCGCGGCAUGCGCGCCCCGCCGCCGCUGCCCGCCUGAGCCGCGCCGCCCCGCGCCCGCCGAGCCGCGCGGGGGGGUCCCCGCGCCCCGCCGGCGCUCGUCGCUGUCCUCCCCCUGCCCCGCGCUUGGAGGGAUUUUUUUUUUUUUCUCCCCCGUAGAGGAGGCGAGCAGGAGCCCCCCGCUUUCUCCCGCAGGAACAGGGGUGCGGGGAGAAACUUAUUUUCAACAAGUUUUUUUUUUUUUUUUCCGCCGCCCCCUCCCCCCCCCCCCCUUUUUUUUUUCCCUCCCCCUGUGUGUUAAUUAUUUUAGCCCCUUUCCCCUUUCGAUGUGCGGCUUUGGACAUGCGGAGGCUACUGCAACCGUGUUGGUGGAUCUUUUUCUUGAAAAUCACCAGCUCCGUGCUCCAUGAUGUGGUGUGCUUCCCCGCUCUGACCGAAGGUUAUGUGGGCUCUCUGCAUGAGAACAGGCAUGGGAGUUCUGUGCAGAUCCGCAGGAGAAAGGCUUCAGGGGAUCCUUACUGGGCAUACUCGGGUACCUAUGGUCCCGAGCACUGGGUGACGUCCAGUGAGAAGUGUGGGGGGUCUCACCAGUCCCCCAUAGACAUCAUCGACCACCUGGCCCAUGUUGGAGAUGAGUAUCAAGAGCUACAGCUGGAUGGCUUUGACAAUGAAUCUUCAAACAAGACUUGGAUGAAAAACACAGGAAAAACAGUUGCUAUCCUGUUGAAGGACGAUUAUUUUGUCAGUGGUGCCGGGUUGCCGGGCAGAUUCAAGGCAGAGAAAGUGGAGUUUCACUGGGGUCAAAGCAACGGCUCGGCUGGCUCUGAACACAGCAUCAACGGCAAGAGGUUCCCCGUUGAGAUGCAGAUUUACUUCUACAAUCCUGAUGACUUUGACAGUUUUGGAACAGCAGUUCUAGAAAACAGGGUGGUAGGAGCCAUGGCCGUGUUUUUUCAAGUCAGUCAGAGGGACAAUUCAGCACUGGAUCCCAUUAUCCAUGGGUUGAAGGGCGUUGUACAUCAUGAGAAGGAGACCUUUCUGGAUCCCUUUGUGCUGAGAGAACUUCUGCCAACGUCUCUGGGGAGCUACUACCGCUACACAGGUUCCCUGACUACUCCUCCCUGCAGCGAGAUCGUGGAGUGGAUCGUUUUUCGGAAGCCUGUGCCCAUUUCUUACCACCAGCUGGAGGCAUUUUACUCGAUCUUCACCACUGAGCAGCAGGACCAUGUCAAGUCUGUGGAGUACCUGAGGAAUAACUUCAGACCACAACAAAGCCUGAACAACAGGAAGGUAUCGAAGUCUGCUGUGAAGGAUGCUUGGAACCAAGAUAUGACAGACAUCUUGGAAAAUCCACUCGGCACAGAAGCUUCCAAAGCUUGUAGCACUCCUCCAGUCAACAUGAAAGUGCAGCCUGUGAACAGGACAGCACUACUGGUAACCUGGAACCAACCAGAAACCAUUUACCACCCUCCAAUCAUGAACUACAUGAUCUCAUACAGCUGGACUAAAAAUGAAGAUGAAAAGGAGAAGACUUUCACCAAGGAUAGUGACAAGGACCUGAAGGCCAUCAUUAGCCAUGUCUCACCUGACAUCCUUUAUCUGUUCAGAGUUCAAGCAGUUUGCCGAAAUGAAAUGCGUAGUGACUUUAGCCAGACUAUGCUCUUUCAAGCUAACACCACUCGAAUUUUCGAGGGGACCCGAAUUGUGAAGACAGGAGUGCCCACAGCAUCUCCUGCCUCCUCAGCAGACAUGGCUCCCAUCAGCUCCGGCUCCUCCACCUGGACCUCCUCAGGGCUCCCCUUCUCCUUCGUGUCCAUGGCCACGGGCAUGGGCCCUUCCUCCAGUGGCAGCCAGGCCACCGUGGCCUCCGUGGUGACCAGCACCUUGCUGGCAGGGCUGGGCUUCAGCGGCGGGGGCAUCUCCUCCUUCCCCAGCAGCGUGUGGCCCACGCGGCCGCCCGCGGCCGCUGCCCCCAGCAAGCAGGCCGGCCGCGCCGUGGUGGCCACCACCGAGGCCGCCGCCGCCUCCCCAGGGCCGGAGCGGGACUCGGCGCUGACGAAGGAUGGCGAGGGAGCCGAGGAGGGGGAGAAGGAUGAAAAGAGUGAGAGCGAGGACGGGGAGCGGGAGCAUGAGGAAGAGGAAGAAAAGGAUGCCGAAAAGAAGGAGAAAAGCAGGGCGACGGCAGCCUCAGAGGCGCGCAAUAGCACAGAGCCCAGCGUGGCCGUGGCUUCCCCCAACAGGACUGCUGAGGAAGAAGGGAAUAAAACCCUACCGGGAGAAGUGCCAAACCAAAAUGUUGCCCCCACGGCUGGGGGUGCCGAGAAGGAGAGCUUUGCCGAAGCCGACACUCAGCCCCAGCUGCUCCCUUCCACCCAAGUGCCACCAGCGUUCACCGACGAACUGUACCUGGGCAAGAUCCCAAGAAGACCAGAGACAACAAGAAAUCCUCCUCCAAAGAUGGACAGGUUUCCAGAGGAAUAUCCCUCGGAUAAUAAAUUCAUCACCAUUAACCCAGCUGGCAAGAACAGCUCCAGCAUGGCCACGAGACCUUCUCCUGGUAAAAUGGAAUGGAUCAUCCCACUCAUUGUGGUCUCAGCACUGACCUUCGUGUGCCUCAUUCUUCUCAUCGCUGUGCUUGUCUACUGGAGAAAGUGUUUUCAGACUGCUCAUUUCUAUGUGGAGGACAGCAGUUCCCCCCGUGUGGUCCCCAAUGAAAGUAUUCCCAUUAUACCUAUUCCAGAUGAUAUGGAAGCAAUUCCAGUCAAGCAGUUUGUUAAACACAUCAGUGAGCUGUAUUCUAAUAACCAGCAUGGGUUCUCAGAAGACUUUGAGGAAGUGCAGCGCUGUACGGCUGACAUGAACAUCACUGCAGAGCAUUCCAACCACCCCGACAACAAGCACAAGAACAGAUACAUCAACAUCCUGGCCUAUGAUCACAGCAGGGUGAAGCUAAGGCCUUUACCAGGGAAAGAUUCUAAGCACAGUGACUACAUUAAUGCUAAUUAUGUUGAUGGUUACAACAAAGCAAAAGCCUACAUUGCUACCCAGGGACCUUUAAAGUCUACCUUUGAAGAUUUCUGGAGGAUGAUUUGGGAACAAAAUACAGGAAUCAUUGUCAUGAUCACCAACCUUGUUGAAAAAGGAAGAAGGAAGUGCGAUCAGUACUGGCCGACGGAGAACAGCGAGGAGUACGGCAACAUCAUCGUCACGCUCAAGAGCACAAACGUCCACGCCUGCUACACCGUGCGCCGCUUCACCAUCAGGAACACCAAGGUGAAAAAGGGUCAGAAGGGGAACCCCAAAGGGCGGCAGAACGAGAGGACAGUCAUUCAGUACCACUACACCCAGUGGCCUGACAUGGGCGUGCCCGAGUACGCCCUGCCCGUGCUCACCUUCGUCAGGAGAUCCUCGGCAGCCAGAACCCCGGACAUGGGACCAGUGGUGGUGCACUGCAGUGCUGGUGUUGGCAGAACUGGUACCUACAUUGUGAUAGACAGUAUGCUGCAGCAGAUAAAAGACAAAAGCACAGUUAAUGUCCUGGGUUUCCUGAAACAUAUCAGGACGCAGCGCAACUACCUCGUCCAGACAGAGGAGCAGUACAUUUUUAUUCAUGAUGCCUUGUUGGAAGCCAUCCUUGGGAAGGAAACUGAAGUGUCUGCAAACCAGCUGCACAGUUAUGUUAACAGCAUCCUCAUUCCUGGCAUAGGAGGGAAGACACGGCUAGAAAAACAGUUCAAGCUGGUUACACAGUGUAAUGCAAAAUACGUGGAAUGCUUCAGUGCUCAGAAAGACUGCAACAAAGAGAAGAACAGGAACUCAUCAGUUGUGCCAUCUGAGCGUGCUAGAGUGGGCUUGGCACCACUGCCUGGAAUGAAGGGAACAGAUUACAUUAAUGCCUCUUAUAUCAUGGGCUACUACAGGAGUAACGAGUUCAUCAUAACCCAACAUCCACUGCCACAUACAACUAAAGAUUUCUGGCGAAUGAUCUGGGACCACAAUGCACAGAUCAUUGUCAUGCUGCCGGACAACCAGAGCCUGGCAGAAGAUGAGUUUGUAUACUGGCCAAGUCGUGAGGAAUCCAUGAACUGUGAGGCCUUUACUGUGACCCUUAUCAGCAAAGACAGAUUGUGCCUCUCUAAUGAAGAGCAAAUUAUCAUCCAUGACUUUAUCCUUGAAGCUACCCAGGAUGACUACGUCCUGGAAGUCCGCCACUUUCAGUGUCCCAAAUGGCCAAACCCUGACGCUCCCAUAAGCAGUACCUUUGAACUUAUCAAUGUAAUCAAGGAAGAGGCCUUAACAAGGGAUGGCCCCACCAUAGUUCAUGAUGAGUAUGGAGCUGUGUCAGCGGGAACUCUAUGUGCCCUUACCACUCUGUCUCAGCAGCUGGAGAAUGAAAAUGCUGUCGAUGUGUUCCAGGUGGCAAAGAUGAUAAAUCUGAUGCGGCCUGGAGUAUUUACAGACAUUGAACAGUACCAGUUUCUUUAUAAGGCAAUGCUAAGCUUGGUCAGCACUAAGGAAAAUGGAAAUGGUCCCAUGACACUGGACAAAAAUGGUGCUGUGAUGGCCAGUGACGAAUCUGAUCCUGCAGAAAGCAUGGAGUCUCUUGUCUAAUUGGAAACCUGAAAAGGCACUUAAUUUGUAGAACUUCUGAAGACUGAGUGAACUUUUUUGAGGCCUUUUUUGCCAGACUCUAGGUUAUACAAUAACCCAAUUACUUUUUUACACUGAUAAAAGUUUUGAUAUUUAUUUUUUGCCAUUUUAUGUCUUAAUGGUAUCCUACUGAGCAUUUGCACCUCUGUUUAUUUCACACAGUGAAACGCAAUUUUAUCUAGUUUGCACUAUAUGAUCAGUGUUACUGCCUAUAAUAUCCUAAUACAAGACAAGCCCUGAUGUGACAUUCCAUGACAACAAACAUUUGCUUUUUCUGUUUUGUUUAAAUGCAGUGAAGUUUUGCUAACUACAGUGACCCUCGAAUCUUAAAUCUUGAAUGCUAGGCCAGAUGGAUUCUUUCUACAACAGAUACUGUACCCCUUCAUAAGAUAUUUAUUAUUUAGUGAUCAUGUCAAAGUUUUGGUAACUUUGGUGUUCUGCAUUCCAGUGGAGUGGAUGAGCAGUGUUCAUCCUUUCUUGACAAAAUGUGGCAGGUGAUUAUUAGCUACAGUGAAGGUCUAACAGCCUUGUGGAGCUGAAACAAUUAUUUCUGUAUUGUUUCAAAUUGCUGUGUUGUACACUUACAGGCCUGAGACUUACUUCACAUGGAAUAUAUUAAUUACAUACAAUAUAAUUAUAAAUUAGAUGCAAUUCAUAUGUGGGAUGCAGUGAUAAGUUUUGAAUUUACAGUUUCAAAGUUUCCCCAUGUAUUCAGGAAAAUGAUGAUUUUGUUUUUUAACCAGCCCUGUGAUGGGAAAGUAUUUUGGUUUUAUUUUCAUCGGAGCCAAUACAGUGAGAAAUCUAUGACAACCCAAAAUCAGACCAGUUUUCAGAUAUAUUAAAGGUAGCAAUAUUUUACAUUACUAAGCUAUUCAAUAUUUUAAACACAUCUAAUUUCCUUACUAUUUCUUGAAUAUGACCUCACACCUAAUGGUAUGUUACAUGAUGACAGGCGUUUCUUAAUUUCAUAACUGUUAGAUGCCAUUUUUACAGGUGUGUAAUUUUCAUACUUUAGUGCUAAAACAUAAAGUACUGAUCCAUAUUUACUGGUGAAGCAAACUAAUAAAAAAACUACCUAUAAAGUUACAUUCUCCCUCUUUUUUUUUGCCAGACUAAUUCUUUAGCAAAACCCUAGUUUAUUGUGUUUUUCCUCCCAUGCCAGUAGAAUGGUUUCCCCCAGAUUAUGUCAGUAAUUAUUGUUUGGAGCAUUUAAGUUCACAUCCUCACUGGCUCCCUCUUCCUUUGUAUUUGGUUGCAAUUCAACAAGGUCAGUCCCCGUUUAACAAAAGAAGUAAGCACAUGCUUAAUUCUCCUGAAAAGUGAAAUUAGUUGUGCCCUUCAUAGCUUGGCUGAGUAGGGAGGGGUUAUUGAAUCUGCCUGCAAAAGAAAAUAUGUGAUUUCAGCCAUCCUGACCCUUGCUGUGCAGUUAAAGGCACUAUCCCUUAUAUGUGGUAUUAAUUUCUUCUAAACUACAGAAAACAUGCAUUGUAAUUUUUCAGGACUUGUCAAAAUACUACAACUUUUUUUUUUCCCCAUUUAAAUGUAAACCCAUUAAUUUCUGACAGUCCAGUCUUGCUGAAAUACAGAAUUUGGCAAGGUUCUGUUUAUUUUCACUCACAAGGAAGCUGAAAGCAAACUGCUUAAAAGGAUAUUGAGAGUAGAUAUGUUGGUUCAGAACCUCUUAAGGUGCAAACUGACACAGCCUCCUGAGAGCACAGGAGCUGUGCACACUGGUAUGUGCUGACAUUUGGCCUUUUAUCUUAAUAAGAGAAAGAUUCAAAGUAUUCAAGGAUUCAUCAGCAACCUUUUACACAGUCACCUUUUACUUCUCAGUUUGUUGAAUCCCUCCGUCCAAGCAAUCCCAAUAAUUGCUAAUACCAAACAAUUUAGUGAGCCCAUGGUUUCAGUAAGGCAAUCCCAAGCCCAGCAACAGCUAGGCCAAAUAAAAUAUGAGCAGAAUGUUUUGAAAUAUUAUAGUUUGCAUCCCCUUAGCACUGCAUGGAGGUGGGAGUCAGUAGGAGUUAGGACUGGCCCUCCAGUCACUACACCCCGGUAACAGAAUGGUUUAAGUAAGUUCUCAAGUGCUGCUGCCAGCAAGGGCUGGAAGGUUUUGCUGAGUGGUUUUCUGGCCAGCCUGCACCAGCCUCAGGGGCUGCUGAAGCCCCCAUGUGCCCCCAGCCCUGAACCUGGACCCAGCCAAUGCCAGCUGGUAGCACAAAGGGACUCAUGAGUUCGAUCAGUUCAAUCUAGAGGUAUUUUAGGUUCCUGGGGAGAUGUAGGGAAAAGUUAGAAACUCAAACCUUGACAACUAAGUGACACAAAGAUUACUGCAGGCAUCAGAAGGUUGGGUUUGUUCAGUACUUUCAGGUGAUUACUUUUCAUUUCAGUGGCAUGAUGGAAGAUAACUGUGGUUUGUGACACACCGCUUGAAUACCCUUGGUUUAAUCCCUUACCUUCUCACAAGUUUUAAACAUCAAUGAAUGAAGGCUGCGGGGGUUGAACUUUGGUGGAUGCUUUGGAAUUCCAUGCAUUUGCAUUGGCAUUUUCCAACACCUGAAAUACUUCUUUGGGGUUUAAUCCAUGGGGAAAUUAUGUACACUGAUGUUCUAUGAGUUCUCCAUGGAUUAUUUCGUAAGGGAGCUCCAGCUGUAAGUUAAGUGCUGUGCUGACAGCCAGGUAGCCAAUAGAUGGUAGUGAUACACAAGGUUUGAAGGGCUGAAGCUAGAAAAUGCUUGUGAAGGUCAGGAUUAAGCACACAGAAGAGCCAAAUCUAUCCUCCUGUAAGCAGCUGCAGUUCUGCUCUCUUGCACAGGUUUGCACCCUUUCCUUGGGACUGAGUGAGUGGCAGAAGGAGCAAUGUCUGCUCAGAGAUGGGCAUUGAUAAACUCUCCUGAUGCUCCCAUGAGUGUCCAGCCCAAGUCCUGCUCUGCAAAUCACCACCUUGCUUUUGGGACCCCAACCCCUCGGCUGUACCCAGCUCCUGCCAUUCAGUCAGGAUGUCUUUCAAGCAUCAAAGGUUCCCAAGCAAUGUGCAGGUCUGUAAAUUAAGAGAACCUGAGAACAUUCCUAUAUCACUGCAGAGUGUGGUCCUCAGCACCAGCCCUGAGAAAUAAGGAACAGAAGGACUGAAGCACACACAUGUCUGCAUUUAGAAAAUACCAUUUCUCCAUGUCUUGCACGUGUCCUGUGCCCACAGACUGUGUGAAAGACAUGAACUGUUCUUGAGACCAUAAGAGCAGCCGAGCUUUCCAAGUGGGAAUGCUUGGAAAGCUUCUGUGUCAUCUGAACAUCUGAAAUAGGUGGCAGGCUCAGAAUCAUCCUCCAAACACUUCUGUGUGUGAGCUUGACUUUGCUAGGAAGUUCUGGGGAAACUGGUGGGACUGCUGAGACCACUGAGUCCUCUGCAGGAUCAAUGUCUAAAGAACAUUUAUUUUAAACAGCGUUUGUCCUUAGUAUUUCAGUGUCUGUUUCCAAAUGCUAAUUUAGAAACAGGGGAAAAGAAAAAUCCAAACCCCUUAAACUUGUCCUUGUAAGUGACGGUUUCUGUACUGUGGGUCUGCUCUAGGUUAGUGGAGUCAUUUACAGGAUCUGCAAAAUUUCACUUGUGUUUCCAGUUUCUGACUGCUCGAAUUGCUUGAACACAGAGUGAUACAUUGGAACAUUAGGAGAAGAAUCUUUAUGAUACAGCACAACUGCCUUCUCAUUAAUCUUUUUUAAAGCUGAUGUAUUUUAUUUAAAAGCUAAGAAGUAUAGAUAUGGAUUCUACCAAAGAUACAUGCUACUAAUUCUCAGCAAAACAAAACCAAGUUAAUUUAAAAAAAAAACUGUAGUUGUCUUGAAGAUUUAGCAGUCUUUCUCAAAUUCAUGUCUCCUGACAUCAGAUCUUUUGUUCCGAAGUUUAUGUUCAAAUGGUGCCAGUGAACUUUUAUAUGAAGGGAAAAUGCCUAUUUGUUAAUCUACCACAUUGCUUUUCUUCUUUUUCUUUUUCUCUUUUUUUUUUUCAGAUGUAAUUCACUGUUACCCUUUGCUCUUCUUCUCCUUGUUGCCAUUCUAACAAUGUGAACUGCAUUGGCUUCACUUAUCAAAGGAGAAGGAAUGCAAAAGUAAGGAAAGAGAGGAACUGUAAUAAAGAGAUUUGGCCUCUACUUUGUCUUAGCUGUUAAACUGUUUUUAGUGUUUUUGUUAACUAUUUGCAAAGGGAAGCAUUUUCUACAGAGGAUAAUUAAUUUCAAGAAAAAUGUCUUGAGUUUUAAGAAUAAACGUCUCCAAAAGAGGAGAUAGUCAAUUUUAUACAAUGUCACAACUCUCCAACAUUUGGGGUAGUGACUUUUUUGUUUUGUUAGAACACUUGAGAAUAGCAAGCAGCCAUUGUUUCUAAAGACCGAAGCAUUCAUGUGUACUCCUAUUUUCUUUUCCUUCAUUUUUAAAAUAGCAAUGUCAUUAAAACUGUAAAUAUUUUGUUGCUUAGAUAAGCAUCUUCUGGGAACUUUGUAUCUAUGGUAUAUAAUCAUAGAAUUUUAUAUUUUCAUAUAAAGCUAAUUUUUUUCUAGUUUCACCUCCUUCCUAGUUCUGUGGUGGUUAUGUGACUACAAACCUUCUGUGUUUCAAGGUAGUGAGACGCCAUCAUCACACUCCAAAAAAGAUUUCCACACAUGUCAUUUCUUUGGGGCAGUGAUUGUGAAAAUUGGAUUUUUUUUUUUUGGAUUCCAUUGUCAGUGUGUGCAACAGAAUUUAGACUUAGCCAGUCACUAGAUACGUUUGUCUCAUUGAUCCAUUCAGAAGAAAAAUAAAAAUGUGGUGUUUGGUUUGGGGAAAGGGUGGGAGGGAGUAUUUUGAGGGAGACUUUUUGUUCAUUUUUGGUUUUUGUUUGGGGGCUUUUUGUAACUUGAGGAAUCUUCUUUUUGUUAUGUUAAACUAUAUCAAAUCAUUCUAUUAUAGUGUUAUUUAAUAUGUAAAUUGUAUUGCUAUACAUAAAAUAAAGUAUGGUUUUUGAUGUA